AUUAUGGGAUGAUUUUCAAUAAGAUUUAAUUUUGAUUUUGUUUGUUUGGGUUUUUCUGGCAAAAAAAAUCGUCUGCCGUGCUGUGAAGCACACGGGGGCGAUAUAUGCCCCAGUUCUAUGCGAGAUGGAAAUAUCUUCAAAGAAGAAGAGAAAGAUCAUCAGGAAGCGUUAUACAAUCUAUACAUUAAAAAAAAAAAGAAAACAUCUCAAAAUCUUUCACAAUUUCCCGGAAGAGCCCUGAAUCUUUUUCCCAUACAUUUCGCAGACGUGAAUCCUUCUGUCUUCAGUAGGGUUACAAAAACACCAUCAUACAACUAUUGUGGAGCCUGUCGCCAUUAGCUCGGUAGGCUAACCCUGGACAGAGAAGUCGUUGUUUAUUCCGUGUUAGACUUUAUAAGUAUUUAACUCAAACAGUCGGAGAUUGAUUAAGCUUCUUUUGCACGUCACGAAAUUCUCAUGAAAAUGGCCUGGUUCCACCAUGGCCUGCAAGAUGCAAAACAACCACAGCUAUCUUCUUUGAAGAACCUUGCUACGAACAGUCACAUGCGCCUUGAGUCAAACCUCAAACCGCAAGCUUCGUCUGAGGAUUGGCCCCACCCCCCUCAGUCCUCCAUCCCAGACCUCCCUCGGGUUUCACAGGAUUCGGGGCCCCAAAGUUUGGGAAAGCCCACCUGCAUGUCUUCCCUCAACCUGAGGGUGAGCGAUGACCCUGAACCUCUGUCUUAUGUAACUCUUCAGGAACAGAGGUGUGUGUUAAGCUGGUUUCUGGGCUGGGGUCCUCCUCAAAGAGAACGCUUUCUGCAAGACCUGAUUUCAAAGGCAGUACCAGGAAAAGUGAGCAGCUUACUGGAGCAGCUCAAUACACUCCAGGUGAAGGACCGGCCACCCAACAUUUUCGAGUGCCAGCUGAGACUCUGGACUCAGUGGUUUGAAUCGUGGAAUGAAGGGGAGAGGAACGCCUUCCUGAGCAGCCUGGAGGAGAGCGAUGCCAUCUUUGUGGCGCAGUUCUACAGAGCGCUGGCCAGCACUGCAGGAAGGGACUGAGGCAUGUCUAGAAGGACCCGUGUUCUUGAACCUCUGUAGCGUUGAACCGUAAGAACGGCAAAAGGGCCGAGGAAGGCAUUCGGGUGCUAUUAAUGACCUUCAUUAACCAGCGUUGAAGAUCAGCCAGCCUACUGCCAUGCACUUAGUGAUGGCUGUAUGUGUCUUGACAGGCCCACAUAGGAGGUCAGCAUAAGCCAAUGUGGUUUGGUACACUUGGGGUAAGGCUGGUGGAGACCAGCAAUCCUUUUGGUGACACAGCCCAAACUUUAAAUAUGCCCAGAAAACAUUUUGCUGUCCUGUGCCUCACAGAUGACUGUCAAAUAUGCACUGUGCACACUGUCUUUAAAUAUCAUAAAUAUAAGUUAGUAAUACUGGCAGCAAAUAAAGCCUAGUUUCAUUUUGGCUUCUG